CACGGCGGGCAGGGACCCGGUGGGUGCGGGGGGCUGGCCGGGGGCCGGGCUCUCCCUGCUCCCUCCUAGCAGCCGAGGAGUUAAAAACUCAGCCCGGGUGAUGAAUAUGUAAGAGCAGAGCCCAGGCUGUAGCCGAGCAUCUCCCGGGCUGCGGGCGCUGCCAGCGCUGCCGCCCGCCCCAGCCCAGCACCGGGCGCACUGCGGAGGGACGGGACGGGACGGGGCGGUGCGGGGAUCCCCCCGCUGCCCCCCGCCGCCAUGGGCCCCACCGGGCUCGGCAUAACUUUCCUGACACUGCCCCUCGUCGUGCGAGCGGCCGCGGGAGGGCAGUGGUGUUACGACUCACAGGACCUCCAAUGCGGGCCCAGCCACUGGAAGGAGCUGAAAGCCACAUGCGGUGGCGACAAGCAGUCCCCUGUGAACAUCGACAGGCGCCGGCUGCAGCGGGAUGGUGGCCUCGGUGACAUCCUCUUUGAGGGCUACGACCAGGCUCCCCCUGGCAAGUGGAGGCUGACGAACAAUGGGCACACAGUGAUGCUGAGCCUGGCGAGUGAAUCGGCCUCUGAGCAUGUCACCAUCAGCGGCGGGGGCCUCCCCGGCAGGUACCGUGCGAUCCAGCUCCACUUCCACUGGGGCAGCCCAGCCGGGAAUGGUUCUGAGCACACCCUUGACGGGCGCCAGCUUCCCAUGGAGAUGCACGUCGUCCACAUGAAUGUCAAGUACCAGACACUGGCAGAGGCCAAGGGGCAUCCCAAUGGGCUGGCUGUCCUUGGCUUCUUCUUCCAGGUCUCUGAAACCACUAACACCAACUAUAACACCAUCGUGGCGGGGCUCAGGAAUGUCUCCCACGCUGGGGACUCUGUGGAUUUGGCCUCCACCUUCCGCCUGAGCACGCUGCUGCCACGUGCCGGCCGGCUCUCCGGCUACUACCGCUACCAGGGCUCCCUCACCACCCCCGACUGCAGCGAGGCCGUCGUCUGGACUGUUUUCGAGGAGCCAGUGGAAAUUGGCCAGGAGCAGCUGAAAGCAUUCGUCAGCACUCUCCACUUCCCACUCGAGGGAUCCAUGCUCCUAAAGAUGAUCAACAACUUCCGCCCGCCGCAGCCCCUCCGCAGCCGGAAGAUCUUUGCCUCCCGGGGGGCCACAGCCAGAGGCGGGUCCCUGCACGGGGGCCACCACCAGCUCCUCUCGCCUCUGCUCCUCCUGGCCUUGCUCAGCCUCUUCUUGCCAGCCCCGUAGGGUCUGGCCCUGCUGCAGGGGAGAUGGAGGCGACGCAUCUUGUUCAUGGGAAAUGGGAAAACACAAAAAAAAAAAGCACGUUGAAACCUUGGCUGGGCGAAGAUUUUGUGAACCUGCAUCUCUGCAGAGGUGAAUCUCUGCAAGCCUGGAGCUACCCUGGGAUGCCCCUGUAGAUGGGCAGUGGGAGCUGCUGCGAGGGGGAUGCUGUAGAGGCUGGAAUAAAGCCAAGGUCCUUGCCAGUG